AUACUUCUUAGAAGAUCACGUGAUCUCGCAGUUCUGUCAGCCAGCGAAAGAUAGAAGUGCGCGCUCGUGGUGCUGUUUCAUCAAGUAGAGUGGUGAGCUCGAGAGACAGAGUCAUGGCAACCGCAGUAGCAGAAGCCGAGACCCGUCAGAGACUGCUGCGAAACGUGAAGAAGGAGGUCAAGCAGAUCAUGGAGGAAGCAGUCACAAGGAAGUUUGUCCAUGAAGACAGCAGCCAUAUUGUCUCAUUCUGUGCUGCUGUCGAAGCCUGUGUGCUUCAUGGGUUAAAGCGGAGAGCUGCUGGUUUCCUACGAAGCAACAAGAUAGCGGCACUCUUCACCAAAGUGGGCAAGAGCUUCCCUCCAGCUGUGGAGCUGUGCAGAAAAGCCCAGGAGCUGGAGCUGAUCAUUGAGAGCAAACGAAGCCAGUCUUUAUCAUACAGCGAGAGCACCCGUAAGACGCCCAAGGUCCCAAACAUCUCCCCUCAUUCCACUAGACACUUGUGGAUCCACACUGCGCUCAUUGAGAAAGUGUUGGACAGGAUCGUCCUGUACCUGGUGGAAAACAGCAGUAAGUUUUAUGAGAAAGAAGCUUUCCUAAUGGAUCCAGUGGAUGGCCCUAUUCUCGCCUCUUUGUUAGUGGGGCCGUGUGCAUUGGAGUACACUAAAAUGAAGACAGCAGAUCAUUUCUGGACUAAUCCUUCAGCUGAUGAGCUGGUGCAGAGGCAUCGAAUUCACAGUGGCCAUUGCAGACAAGACUCACCUACUAAAAGACCUGCCCUCUGUAUACAGAAAAGACACUCCAGUAGUAGUAUGGAUGAAAGACCCUCUCCUUCCCCCUCUGCCAGGGACUAUGUUGAGUCUCUUCAUCAGAAUUCCAGAGCGACUCUCCUGUUCGGCAAGAAUAACGUACUGGUGCAGCCGAGGGAUGAUAUGGAAGCAAUUCCAGGAUACCUCUCACUGCACCAGACAGCUGACUUCAUGACUCUGAAAUGGACGCCAAAUCAGCUAAUGAAUGGCUCAGUGGGAGAUCUCGAUUAUGAGAGGAGUGUUUAUUGGGACUAUGCCAUGACAAUCCACCUGGAGGAGAUUGUGUACCUGCACUGUCAUCAGCAGGUGGACUGUGGUGGAACAGUGGUUCUGGUUAGUCAGGAUGGGAUCCAAAGGCCACCACUUCGUUUCCCUCGUGGUGGUCACCUCCUUCAGUUCCUCUCCUGUCUGGAAAACGGUCUGCUGCCUCAUGGCCAGUUAGACCCACCUCUUUGGUCACAGAGAGGAAAGGGUAAAGUAUUCCCUAAGCUGAAGAAGAGAUGUCCACAGGGAUCCUCCGACUCUGUGUCUGACAAAGAAGAGGAAGAGGCAACAGAUUAUGUCUUCCGCAUUGUUUUCCCAAACAUCCAAUCAGAAUUUGUGGCACCAGAAUUGAUAGAUCAGGGAGCAAACAUGUGGCACCCAACACCAAAGAAAUCAUCUUGCUCUUCCUGCUCACAAAAUAGUUUCUCUGAUGGAGGACCACCCAAUGGCUGCAACCAUGAGAGGGCCUCUCUGAAAUUGCUAUGUGACAAUAUGAAGAACCAGAUCAUCUCCCGGGCUUUCUAUGGAUGGCUGGCAUAUUGCCGUCACUUGUCCACGGUACGCACUAACCUGUCUGGCCUUGUCAAUCACACUAUUGUGGCACCAGAUGUGCCCAAUGACGCCUACAGAGGCCUCACAACAGAAGUGUGGCACAAGUUCCUUCAAGAUUGCAGUACCUGUAAGGAGAAGGAGUUGCUGCGGCUUGUUUAUUUUGGUGGGGUUGAGCCUUCAUUGCGCAAGGAGGUCUGGCCCUUCCUGCUGGGCCAUUACCAGUUUGAGAUGUCUGAGGCAGAGAGAAAAGAGGUGGAUGAGAAGAUGCGAGCGUGCUAUGAGCAGACCAUGAGCGAAUGGCUGGGGUGUGAGGCCAUUGUCAGGCAGAGAGAGAAAGAACAGCAUGCUGUGGCUUUAGCCAAGUGUUCAUCUGGGGCUAGUAUGGACAGCACCAUGCAGAGAAUAAUGCACCGGGACUCCACCAUUAGUAAUGAGUCCUCACAGAGCUGUAGUUCAGGGAGACAAAGAGACUCCAGGUUGCAGAGCGACUCCAGCAGCAGCACUCAGUUCUUCACUUCCCAAAACCCCUUCCCCUGGAGUAGUCUGCUUCCCUUUGGCUUGUUCUUUCAGGUUUUUGAGUCAGUUGAAGAGGUCGACCAAAUCGAAACAGAGCCCAAGAGUGACGAUAUUAAACAGGUUCCCAAAAUCUCAAAUGGACCACCGCAGAAUGGCAUCAGUUCUCCAGACUCUGGUCACCCUUCUUCCAGAAACUUCUCAGUUACUUCUGGUCAGUCAGACUCCUUAAGCACAGAGGAUAGUGGGAUACAUGAGCCAACCCUCAAAGCCCAACCACAGCAGCCCUCUACAGCGCAGAGCCCAACCAAACCCACUCAUACCACAGAUAAAUCAAAUAGAGACACUUCAGUUGGAAAGGAAGGAAAAAUAUCUGAGAAAGUGGUGACAAGCAUGACAGGCACAACUGAUAUAUCAGAGGAAAGGAAGAAUGCCACACAGAAUACCUUAAAAAGUGCAGAAGUUCAGACAGAGGAGUUGAAAACAGCUCACAGUGGCAUGGCCAAAAUGAAAGUGGGUGAUUCUCUAGAGAGAACAUUGACAUCUGAAAAUGCACAGCGAACUGAACCAGAUAGUCCCAAAGCAACAGAGGUCAUAGAACUGACUCCUCCAGAGCCAAAGAUGAAUGAGAAUCAGGUAAGAGUGGACAGUCAGGAAACCCAGAGAAUUGAAAGGUCCCAUUUGGGAAUAAAAAAUAUUAGAUCAAUGCGAGAGGAACCUUCGGUAACAAAAGAUCACAAGGGAGCAAAUGCACUUGAGGAGAAGGUUGCAACUGAAAUACUGUUGUCUGUUUCGAAGGAACAUGAGAUAGAGAAAAUCAGUGUGGGUGUUGUAAUGAAACCCAAAGAAACAAGCAAAGAUAAGAACCCUGAGACAUGGUUAGAUGACACAGCCAAUGUUAAUCAGACACAAAUUGAUUGCGCAUUAAAACCAGAUGAUGAGAAAGAGGCAAAGACUAUGGACACCAAGGAGGCAUCAGAGAGAUUGAAGGAUGAGACACUGAAAUCGGCAGGAACAACAGGAAAGAGGAAAGAAGUAUCAGAAAGUCAAAAAAUCUUGGCUGCAGAGCAAACAGAAGAGAAGGUUGUUAAAAAGAGGGCUAGACAGAAAGAAAUGCAGAGAAACGCCCCUGUGGUUGAGGAGAUGGUGGUCCCACUGGUGCAUGAAGCUUUCAGCACAAGAGAGAUGAGUGAGGCACGAGCUGAAACUGAGUCAGAUGAGUCUCCCUCAGCCAUUGAAAUGGAGGAGAUACCUACAGCCAAGGUGUCAAUGGCCUGGGACAGGAAGACUCCAUCUAAGAGCAUGAUCAGUGAGCAGGCAACUGUGCCUGCACUGGAGCUCAGACUGGACAAGGCUCAAUGUAAGCCCAGCCCUGAAGGAACUGACUCGGUCAUGUCUGAAAAGCCAGAGAUGGAGAGGCUCUGCCCACAGUUUGAUUUACUGGCUGUGAACACAGAGAAGAAUAAAGCUACCUCUCCAGCUUCAUCAAUAGGGACCACUUAUUCUCAAGAGCUUUUGGACAUGUACACUCUAAAUCUUCAUCGGAUAGAUAAAGAUGUUCAGCGUUGCGACAGAAAUUUUUGGUACUUCACACCUGCUAACCUAGAGAAACUUCGCAAUAUCAUGUGCAGUUACAUCUGGCAACACCUUGAAAUUGGAUAUGUCCAGGGCAUGUGUGACUUGCUUGCUCCCUUGCUUGUUAUUCUAGAUGAUGAGGCCAUGGCUUUCAGUUGUUUCUCUGAACUAAUGAAAAGGAUGAAUCAAAACUUUCCUCAUGGGGGUGCCAUGGACACCCACUUUGCCAACAUGAGAUCUCUCAUCCAGAUUCUAGACGCAGAGCUGUUUGAGUUGAUGCAUCAGAAUGGAGACUACACCCAUUUCUACUUUUGCUAUCGCUGGUUUCUCCUUGACUUUAAAAGAGAGUUGGUGUAUGAUGAUGUAUUUGCUGUUUGGGAAGCCAUCUGGGCUGCAAAGUGUGUCUCCUCCAGCCAUUUUGUGCUCUUCAUUGCUCUCGCUUUGGUGGAGAUAUACAGAGACAUCAUUCUGGAGAACAACAUGGACUUCACUGAUAUCAUCAAGUUUUUCAAUGAAAUGGCUGAGCAUCACAAUAUCAAGCAGAUUAUGACUCUGGCUCGAGACCUGGUGUGCAAAGUGCAGACGCUUAUAGAGAACAAGUAACUCCAAAACCACUCAUCUCUGUUGUUACUCAUGUUCAACAACAUGUCCCAUUAAUGUCAUGGUUACUUGCGUAACCUCCAUUCCCUGAUGGAGGGAACGAGACGUUGUGUCAAUGUAGUGACACUAGGGGUCACUCUUGGGAGCCCGAGACACCUCUGGUCUUUGAUAAAAGGCCAAUGAAAAUUGGUAAGUGGUAUUUGCAUGCCACUCCCCCGAACAUACAGGUAUAAAAAGAGCUGGUAUGCAACCACUCAUUCAGGUUUUAUGCUGAGGAGCCGAGACAAGGUCCGGCCAUUUCAGCGGGUAGUUCAGCGUUGUGGCAUGAGGGACACAACGUCUCGUUCCCUUCAUCAGGGAACGGAGGUUACGCAAGUAACCAUGACGUUCCCUAUCUGUCACUCACUCGACGUUGUGUCAAUGUAGUGACACUAGGGGUCCCUGUACAAAACGCCGCAACUGGCUGAACUGUGUUACGUAAACUGGCGGUGUGUGACGUGCAGAGAACUGUGUGCCUCGUAGCCAGUGCACCAGGCCGACACGUAACCUCCCCCAACAUAGUUAUGAGUGUCGAAUGGCCCAUUGGGGACAAGUCGACUACCCAAAAGAUAGAGAUAGGCUAGCCCAGUCGUGGUCUCUUUUCCCCUUCUUUUUUUCCACUCCCUAAAAAAAGGGGGGGGAUUAUCUGACUGGGGUGACCAGGUCUAGUCAGGGGGGUACCCCUCCCAAGGGGAGGACACCGCAGAGACCACACCUCGCCCAGAGAGAGGGGGGAUAUUUAAGUGGAAAAUACGUCACAUGGUCUUGCCGAUCAUGUGGAGAAGUCUCAUGGUAGGUCCUACCCAACGGGGGAGGAGUUACUACAAACAUGGAGACUGUGGCAGAGGGGCCUCUGCCCAAGGAAGAUGCAGUUUGCCAACAGGGAAACGAAUUAGCGGAAGAUAUACACCACAUGGGGUUGCCUACAGGGAACCGCCACAAGCGGAGCACCUACCCCAGAACAGGGAUUUUAAUAUGUACUGGGCCGGCAGCAAGUCUCUCCGAAGACUCGACUGCCACAGGGCUCGGAGGAAGUCAACCAGGGAACAUAGUUUGUGAACACUACUGGGAGUUAAUGGCGCACGUCUUCAGCUCAGAGGAGGUGAAAGGCACUAUGUGCAAGCGAUACACCCGGCCAGCUAUCCCGGGCUUAUCCACUUGUAUUGCGUGCCACUACCUGGGAUGAAACCGGUUCCACCCGGAGGUUGUAGAACCUUGCAAAGGUGUUGGGUGUUGCCCAGCCUGCUGCUCUGCAAAUGUCUGUUAGAGAGGCACCCCUGGCCAGGGCCCAGGAGGCCACUACACCCCUGGUAGAAUGGGCUCGUAGCGCUACCGGGGGCGGCACGUCCUGGGCGUGAUAUGCCAUAGCUAUGGCGUCAAUGAGCCAGUGGGCGAUCCUCUGCUUGGAGACAGCGCUUCCUUUCCACAGUGCACCAAAGCAGACAAAGAGCUGCUCAGAGAUCUUAAAGCUCUGCAUGCGAACCAAAUAGAUGCGUAAAGCGCACACCGGACACAGCAACGACAGGGCUGGGUCUUCUCCUGCUGGGGCAGCACUCUCAGGUUCACCACCUGGUCCCUAAAAGGGGUUGUGGGAACCUUGGGCACAUAGCCCGGUCGGGGUCUCAAGAUCACGUGAGAGUAGCCCGGACCGAACUCCAGGCACGUUUUGCUGGCAGAGAAUGCUUGCAGUUCUCCUACCCUCUUGAUGGAGGUGAGCGCAGUCAGGAGGGCAGUCUUCAAGGAGAGUGCCUUAAGCUCAGCUGACUGCAAAGGCUCAAAUGGGGCUCUCUGUAGACCCUGAAGAACUACAGAGAGGUCCCAUGAGGGAAUGAGGCGCGGUCUGGAGGGGUUCAGCCUCCUGGCACCUCUCAGGAACCUGAUGAUCAGGUCGUGCUUCCCUAAGGACUUACCGUCCACUGUGUCGUGGUGUGCUGCUAUAGUGGCAACGUACACCUUCAAGGUGGAAGGGGACCGCCACCCUUCCAACCUCUCUUGCAGGAAGGAAAGCACCGAUCCGACUGCACAUCUCUAGGGGUCUUCCCAUCAGGAAGAACACCACUUAGCGAACAGAUGCCACUUAAAGGCAUACAAGCGCCUUGUAGAGGGGGCCCUAGCCUGAGUGAUCGUGUCUACCACCGCUGGUGGUAGACCGCUUAGGUCUUCCGCGUCCCAUCCAGGGGCCAGACAUGGAGAUUCCAGAGGUCUGGUUGCGGGUCCCAGAUGGUGCCCCGUCCCUGAGAAAGAAGGUCCUUCCUCAGGGGAAUUCGCCGGGGGGAGGGGGGGCUGUCGCGAGGAGCGUGAGGUCCGAGAACCACGUCUGGGUGGGCCAGUAGGUUUCUACCAGGACGACCUGCUCCUCGUCCUCCCUGACCUUGCACAGAGUCUGUGCAAGUAGGCUCACUGGGGGAAACGCAUAUUUGCGCAGGCCAGGUGGCUAGCUGUGUGCCAGCGCGUCUAUACGGAGAGGUGCCACGGUCAGGGCGUACCAGAGCGGGCAGUGGGAGGAUUCUUGGGAGGCGAACAGGUCUACCUGUGCCUGUCCGAAUUGACUCCAGAUCAGCUGGACCACCUGAGGGUGGAGUCUCCACUCUCCCCUGAGGGUAACCUGCCGUGACAGCGCGUCCGCUGCAGUGUUGAGGUCGCCCGGGAUGUGAGUGGCCAGAGGAGGAGAUGGCGGGCGAGUUGUGACAUACAACGAGAGCGCAGACCGCCUUGGUGGUUGACAUAUGCUACCGUUGCCGUGUUGUCUGUCCGAACUAACACAUGCUUGCCCUGGAUCAAUGGCCGGAACCUCAGCAGUGCGAGCAGAAUUGCCAGCAACUCGAGGCAGUUGAUGUGCCAAUGCAGCCGUGGGCCCGUCCAUAAGCCGGCGGUUGCGUGCUCAUUGCAAACAGCGCCCCAGCCCGUUUUGGAGGCAUCUAUCGUGACCACGACGCGCCUGGAGACCUGCUCUAGGGGAACGCCUUGCCCGUAGAAACAUGAGGUCGGUCCAAGCGCUGAAGAGGCGGUGACAGACCGGCGUGAUGACCACGUGAUGUGUCCCGCGGCACCAUGCCCAUCUCGGGACUCCAGUCUGAAGCCAGUGCUGAAGCGGUCUCAUAUGCAUCAACCCGAGCGGAGUGGCCACCGCUGAGGAUGCCAUAUGCCCCAGGAGCCUCUGAAAAAAUUUCAGUGGAACCGCUGAUUUCUGUUUGAACGCCUUCAAACAGGUCAGCACCGACUGUGUGCGCUCGUUCGUGAGGUGCGCCGUCAACAAGACUGAGUCCAACUCCAAACCGUGAAAAGAGAUGCUCUGAACCGGGAGGAGCUUGCUCUUUUUCCAGUUGACCCGAAGCCCUAGUCGGCUGAGGUGCGAGAGCACCAGGUCCCUGUGUGCACACAACACAUCCCGAGAAUGAGCUAGGAUUAGCCAACCGUCGGGAUAGUUGAGGAUGCAAAUGCCCACUUUCCUUAGCAGGGCAAGGGCUGCCUCUGCAACCUUCGUGAAGAUGCGAGGGAACAAGGACAGACCGAAAGGGAGGACCUUGUACUGAUACGACCGACCCUCGAAUGCAAACCGCAGGAAGGGUGUGUGUUGAGGUACAAUCGAGACGUGGAAGUACACAUCCUUCAGGUCUACCACCACGAACCAAUCUUGAUGCCGGACGCUCGCUAGAGUACGUCUUUGGUUCAGCAUUUAGGACGGGAAUCUGUGUAAAGCCCAGUUCAGUACUCGCAGGUCCAAGAUUGGCCGCAACCCACCACUAUGAAGUAGGGGCUGAAAACCCCUUCUUCAUCUUGGCCGGAAGGACAAUCUUGUCAGACGUACCAGCAGGUGGGGCCUCGCGGCGGGGCGGAGCCUGAGGUGCCACACCGUGUCUUGGCCGUGCUGAGUUCAGGGACAUCAAAGUACUUUCCUGACUCCUUGUGACCACCCCGGAACAACCUGGGACAGGGGAGGAAGAGGCCUGUCCUCGUGACCCGUGGAGACUGUCACAAUGGGGGCGGAUUUGUUCCACAGCUGGGCACUCAGGGGCGGGGAGACUGCCGCUGGAGCGCCAAACCUGCCAUAUAGAGUGGUGGACGGUGGUCAUGAUGACGGCCAUGCACACUGGAUAUGUGACCCAGGGAACAAGGAAACCGCUCUUGCUGAACUCUUGGGUAAUGCAGCCACUUGGGCACGCAGCGCAAUUAAAUGCAAAGGUAACAAAAGAUUCUCCUCCCGGCCCUCGACCGGGGGAUGGAGUGGUCUGCUUACCAGCUCCAGAGUAGUGGAUUUCAUCGUCCCUGGGUCACCCGUCUCAGGGGCGCUUCGAAGCCUUUUGCGGGUGGCGUCUACUUCCUGCGGUGGGCUCCACGCCGGGGCCGGGCCGCAGGGGCGGGCUGCGGCGGAGCCGGUGCAGUCACCGCAGGGGUUCCGGAUAACCUCCGUCUGCUGCUUCACCGCUGAGAACUGCUGGGCAAAGUCCUCAGUGUCGCCAGACUGGCCAGCUUGGGAAAUGGGGGCAGCAAGGAACCGUGCCUUGUCGGCCUCUCCCAUCUCGACCAGGUUGAGCCAAAGGUGGCGCACCUGGACCACCAAGGUGGACAUCGCCCACCCGAGAGUCCGUGCCGUGACCUUCGUUGCCCGGAGAAUGAGGUCGGUCGCUGAGCGCAGCUCCUGCGUCAAUCCCGGGGCGGAACUACCCUCGUGCAGUUCCUUUGGCGCCUUGGCGGACUUGCAGGAGAGCCAUGGCGUGCAGGGCGGAGGCAGCUUGUCCUGCGGCAUCGUAGGCCUUAGCCGUCAGAGACUACAUAAACCUACAGGCCUUGGACGGGAGCUUUGGGCACCCGCGCCUGGUGGCGGCGCUCUGUGGGCAUAGGUGCACCGCGAGUGCCUUUAUCCACCGGGGGGAUUGCCGAAUAGCCCUUGGCCGCCCCACCAUCGAGGGUAGUGAGGGCGGGGGAAGCUGAAAGAUCUGGACCGGGCAGUAAAAAGUGCCUCCCAGGACCUUGUCAGCUCUUCAUGCACUUCCGGGAAGAAAGGAACAGGGGCAGGGUGUGGCUUUGAGCGGCGCCGCGAGCCCAGGAACCAAUCAUCGAGCCACGAGGGUUCAGGGGAGAGCGGAGGGUUUCACUCUAGCCUGAUGCUCGCGGCUGCCUGGGAAAGCAUGUCAUCAUCUCCGCGUCAGCCUGUGAUUGGGCGACCACACCCAAAGGGAGGAGCCCAGCUGAGGCUUCCACGUCCGACUGGAUGAGCCCGCUUUCCGAUGCUGUGCUCGAGAGCUCAUCACUUUCGCGUGCUCCGAAUAAGAGGUCGAACUCGCCGUGAGACGAGCUGGCGGACUCAUCUGGAAGCCCAAUCGGGGCAGACGAGUGUGCUGGGGAAUGGGAGGUCCGUGGGGGGAUACCCGGCGGAGGUGGUCCCAUUGGGGUCCCCAAAUUGCCCCAGUGCUAGCCGCGCUGUCCUCAUACCCGUGGGUAGAAGGACCGAGGCGGGGAGCCUCUGGGGUGGCUUGCUUUCUUACGAAGGUAAGCCGCAACCGCAUCGUUACCAUGGACAUGUUCUCGCAAUGAGUACAUGACCGAUCCACGAACGCUGUCUCCGCGUGAGCAGUGCCCAGACAUGAAAGACAGUGAUCGUGACUGUCAGAAGGUGAGAGAUAACGAGCGCAACCAGGAAUAACACACAAAGGAAAGGCAUCUUUAAAAUGACACUUCUUUAAAAAGACGUUCCGUGUGUGCCGCUCUUUUAGAGAUAUAUACUCUUUUAGAGAUAUAUACUCUUUUAGAGAAAUAUACUCUUUUUAUUUCUGCUGAAGUGCCCAGGGGCAUUCUCUGCAGUGCACCAGUGCAGAGGAGGGAGAAGCCGCUGAAAUGUGCCGUCAGAUCCAGCAGAGGUGAAUGAACAGUCGAGGGAAUUCAGUUCAGUGAGCAUGACCGUUCGGCUCCGAAGAGAAAAUCUGAAUGAGUGGUUGUAUACCAGCUCCUUUUAUACCCGUAUGUCCGGGUGAGUGGCAUGCAAAUACCACUCGCCAAUUUUCAUUGGCCUUUUAUCAAAGACCAGAGGUGUCUCGGGCUCCCAAGAGUGACCCCUAGUGUCACUACAUUGACACAACGUCGAGUGAGUGACAGAUAGGGAACCCUUGCUACAAAACAAUGGGGAACAUUUGGCUAAAAGUAUAUGGGGGAGGUAGCAUAACAUUUUCAAAGCCUAACAUCCUAAUCUACCUGGAAUCAAUCAAUGUGCUCUUCUUUUAUAGGGUCAUUUGGCUCUCUUAUCAGGUUUUACUGUACACAAGUCAUGGUACAUAAAAUGUUAUGCAUAAGUAGAUGCUGCUACGGAGCAUGACGAUACAGAAUUUAAUUGUGGCUGCAUUAUACCGUUAGGCCAUGUAUGACCUGUACACUGAAGUAGUAUUCUGUAUUCUGAUGUGCCACUUAUUAGUUAUCCAGACUUUUCUGUGUACAACUGUAGCAGUAGGGGUCACUGUGCUUUCAGUCUUCAGGCCUUUCAACAUGUGUUUCUAUAACCUGCUUAUUUCAGAGUCUGUCUUUGCUGUGAGUUGUUUCACUAAAUCUGAUCAGGUUAUUGUAUCUCACAGUAUGUAAUUGGAGAAUACCAAGAAAUGCCUGUAUGUAUCAGAAUGUCAAAAUGUCAGUAAGUAAUUAAAAUGUAUUUGGGUUUUUCAUCUGAUUUGUAAUGUUUCUGAGUCAGUACUGUGUUUCAGUAAAAUGGUGUCUUGCUUUCAGUCACCUUUAUGAAAGUCCAGCAUUGAGAUUUAUUUUUCAGAUUUGAUGUUUACAUCUGAGUUUGCGCGUGUGGACCGGGACCGCUAUAGAAAUAUGAAAAUAAGAACACUCAUUUGAUUGUCUAUUUUGCCAGUGUUUACAGUCACUACCGCAAAGCCUUGUCUGCUUGAUGUAUUCCUGCUGUUUGUGAACUGUAUAAAAAAAUACAAGCUAUAUUUAUUAUAUAGAGAGAAUCUAUAUUAUUAACUUUAGUGUCAAUAGUUACAUGGUUUUCACAAUGGAAAUUUACAGUCAAAUUAAAAUCAUCAGUGCUGUUGUUAUUUUUACAUUAUAGAAUGAAUUGUUGAAUAACACGCAUAUUGUGUUUCUUCAUCCGCCAACAACACUAUCCUCUUCUGUAGCUCUGUCCACAUUUUUUGUAUUAGCAAGCUUUUAUUGUAUCUCACAAUGAAGUAUUGAUCAUAUGAUCAAACUAACAAAACUACAGAACUGAAACCUGUAGUUGAUCAGGUAUAACCACAAUGAGGUGCAAUCACAAUGUGUAUCAGAUCUUAAGCAUCAUUUUCACAUGUCUAAUCAGCAACGUAAGACUAAAAUGACUAUGUAGGCAAGAACAGUAAAGGCAAUUAAAUAAACAAUGUACAGAAGUGUAUUCUGGACUCUGAGAUGCAUUAGAUAGAUACAUAUGAGACUUUAAAAACUAAGAUUAAAUGCUAAUUUAAGGAUUCUAAGUAAUUAAUGUGACCAGACAUGAGCAAUGCUUAAUAAUCAUUGUCCUGCAAUGCAUCUUGUUGAUUUAUGAGCAAAACAAUUUUUAAAAGAUUUAUAAUUUGUGUGUUGUUUAAACUUAUUUAUUUCAAUCUGAAUUUAUGCAUUUUGUCUUUGCUUUUUUAUGUGAAAGUUCUUGCUACGCUGUUGUCAAUUACUACAAAAAGUGUUAAAUUAAAAUCUAUAUUAAAUGGUAAAUGUACUUGUUAAAAAAUUAAAUAAAAUGGAAUUCUUAAUUUUCCAACAACUAUCA